AUGUCAUCCCAACCACAAGAAGUAUCUGGUAGUGCUCCAUCUACACAAUCUGUGAGAUCGAAGGCUGAUCCUGCAUGGGAACAUUGUGUUCAAGUAGCUAGCAAAAACUCAAGUGGCAAACCUCGCUUGAGAUGUUUGUAUUGUGCAAAGGAAUUUGGAGGUGGAGGGAUACAUAGAAUGAAACAGCAUCUUGCGGGAAUAAAAGGAGAUAUAAUAAGUUGUAAAAAAGUUCCGGGUGAUGUUCGCUUUCGGUUGGGAGAAAAUUUGAAAGAAAUUGAAGAGAAGAAAGGUAAGAAACAAGAUAUAUAUGAGGAGGACAAUCCCUAUGGUCCUAGUGUCACACCAUUUGAAGGGGAUGCUCCAAAUUUGCAAGAGGUUCCUCCGACACAGAUUCAAACUCCUACUCCAACUUCUUCUCAGCAAAAUAUUCAAACUUCUGCCUUAAGACCAUCUCAAGCUAUGAAAAGAAAGCCAUCUGCACCAAUAGACAAAUUCUUUGCCCCAAGGACAAGUCCAGGUGCACAACCGGGAAUUAGAAGUGCGUUUGCAGGUAAGGAAGCUGUGCAUAGAGCAGACUUAGCUAUGGCUAGGUGGCUCUAUGAUUGUUGUAUUCCAAUUAAUGCUGUUAAUUCUCCUUACUUCCAGCCUAUGAUAGAUGCUAUUGCAGCUAUUGGACCUGGUUAUAAAGGGCCAUCUUAUCAUGCUUUUAGAACCAAAUUACUACAAGAUAUGAAAAAGGAGGUUCAAUUGUUAGUUGAUGAGUGUAGAGGCUUUUGGGCAGAAACUGGUUGCACAAUAAUGGCUGAUGGUUGGCAAGAUCAAAGAAAUAGGCAAUUGAUUAAUUUUCUUGUUUACUGUCCUAGAGGGAUUGUGUUCAUUAAGUCUGUUGAUGCCUCAGAUAUUGUGAAGGAUGCUCAAACUCUUUGUAACUUAUUCUUGGAAAUGGUUACAUUUGUUGGUGUGGAUAAUGUGGUUCAUUUGGUAACCGAUAAUGCAGCUAAUUAUAAAGCUGCUGGGAGGUUAUUAACUGACAAGCAUCCUUCUAUAUAUUGGUCUCCAUGUGCUGCCCAUUGCUUAAAUUUGAUUUUAGCGGACAUUGGCAAAAUGGCUCUUGUUACUAGUUUGGCAUCAAGAGCUUCAAAGGUUUCAAAAUUCAUUUACAAUCAUGCAUUUUUGCUUGCCUGGCUAAGAAAAAGAGAAGGUUGGAAAGAAAUCAUCCGUCCAGGACCUACACAGUUUGCUACCACAUUUAUUGCAUUAAAAAGUCUUCUUGAUCACAAGCAUGAUUUACAAGCCCUGGUAACUAGCAAGGCAUUUUUAGAUUCCAGAUACUGUAGAGAUCAGAGAGCCAAAGAUGUAACAUUGAUUAUAUUAGAUAACAAGUUCUGGAAUGAUUGUAAGAUUAUUGUUGAAGUUGUGAAACCACUUGUUCGGUUGUUGAGAAUAGUUGAUUCUGAUGAUAGGCCUUCACUUGGAUAUAUCUAUGAGGGUAUGUAUAGGGCAAGGAAAGCUAUCAAGAGUACUUUCAUGAACAAAAAAACUUUAUACAAGCCUUAUACAAGAAUUAUUAAGAGAAGGUGGGAUACACAGCUUCGUCAAGAUCUUCACACAGCAGCUUAUGUCUUAAAUCCUGCUUUUCUUUAUGACCAGGCUAACUUUUCUCAAAAGCCAGAGGUUAUGAAUAGAUAUCUUACAGUUAUAAAUAGAAAAGUAGCUUCCAAUAAGACCAAGUUUUUGCAAGAAGGCACACAGUACCAAAAUAGAAGUGGUAGCUUUAGUCAUCCUUUGGCCCUUGAAUCUGCAAAAUCAAUGCGACCUGAUGAAUGGUGGCGAUAUUUUGGAGGUAGUUGUCCAAAUGUGAAAAAGUUGGCUAUUCAAUUAUUAAGCCAAACUGCAUCUUCAUCAGGUUGUGAAAGGAAUUGGAGUGUCUUUGAAAGAAUACACUCUAAGAAAAGGAACAGGUUGGAGCAUAAAAGGCUGAAUGAUCUUGUCUUUGUUCAUUACAAUUUUUGUUUGAGGAAUAGAGUUGUUAACAAGAACAAAACUUUUGAUCCUAUUGAUUAUGAAAGUAUUGAUAAGAUUGAAUAUUGGAUAACUGAAGAAGUUGAUUCUCCUCCACUUUCAACAUUUCGUGCUGAUGAGAUCGAAGAAGACAUCAUUUAUGAUGAUACAACACUACCAAUGCCAAAUGUUUUCAUCAAUGAAGAAGAUAAUUAUGAAGAGAGAGGCAAUGAGGCUCAAGUUGAGGAUAGAUGCUUUGACACUGGAGUUGGAGCAGGUGUUGAUUUGGGAUCAUUUUCUCAACAAGACAUUGAUAGUCACAGUGCAGAGGCUGCAGACCCAGAUGCCUUUUUGGAGACUCAUGCUUGGCUUAAUCAAGAUCCUCCAAUAUUUGACAAGUCAUGA